AUGGCGUCAUGGGUCAACCACACAGCAGCAUCCAUGCAGUCCGGACGCCGCUCCGGCACAAACUCAGACCGGGGAUCCCCUGCCCCCAGCGCCAGCGGUGGGUCUCAGUACUCUGCACGCGCCAGCCGUAGCGCCUCCACCCAACAGCACCAACAACAGCAACAGCAGCUUCAGCAACAGUUGCUCAUCCAGCAACAACAGAUGCAACAAACUGCCGCUGUGCAUCACCCACAACCUCCUCUCGGUCUCCCUCAACAACAGUUUCAGUUCCAGCAAGUUUAUCCGCCAGGUGCUGGUGGGGGAGGGCAGAGUAUCCCUCCGCCGUUGCAGACGCAUCAUCAACCGGGACUACCACAGCCGCAUCAGGGGUUUACACAGAUCCGGCAGGCACCACUGGCAGUGCAGCCACGAUACCCUGUUAACGGAAGUAGCAGUUCUGCACCGGGGGGAGUAGGUCCCGGAGCACCCUACAACCCACAGAAACAACAUCCCUACCAGGGUGGAGGAUUCAGACCGGGUGCUGGAGCACCAGGAGGAGCAUCGGUGAAGGGAGGGAUUAUGUCGACCGCACAAGGAACCUUCAGCACUUACGCGUCAAGGAUACGCGAGGCCAGUAACGCCUUGGUGUUGCCUCCUGCUCUGGGUCGACGUGCUAAACGAGCUGCUGUCGCGUCGUUGAUGGAGUCGGAUGAGGAUGAUUGGGAUUUUGAGGAUGGCGCGUCGGCGAGGAGCGCACCUAACAAGGUCCUGAGGCAAUUGGAGAAGGAGCGGUUGGAGAAGGAGAAGAAGGUUUGGGUUAAGCGACCCCGCAAGACUCGACAUAUCUACAACUCACAGAAGGACUUGGACGCAGUGGCAGAUCAGGACGCGAUCCUAGUCCCGAUCCGACUGGACAUUGACAUGGACGAGAUCCGCCUGCGAGACACGUUCACUUGGAACGUGAACGAACAACUCAUGACCCCCGAAAAGUUUGCCGAGAUCCUCUGUGAGGACCUCGAAUUGAACCAGGCCAAGUUUGUCCCCGAGAUUGCCCAGUCCCUUCGUAACCAGAUUGCUGAAUUCGAACCCGUUGCUGAAGUCCAGGUCCCCACCGAGGGCUCCCGCGUUACUAUUCAGCUGGAUAUUCAUGUAGGAGGAAUCAACCUGCGGGACAGGUUCGAAUGGGACGUCGGCUCAGACCUAACGCCCGAAGAAUUUGCCAAGCAACUAGCAGCAGAUCUGGGCGUCGGAGGCGAAUUCGUAUCCAUGAUCGCGCACGAGAUCCAUGAACAACUGUUUCGAUUCAAACAGGAUCGGCUCUUGGACAGGGGGUUUGAUGCUGAACCCCUGUAUUCGGGGUUCCGACCUUCGGAUGAAGGGGAUAAUUGGUCCCCAGCUCUGGAGACUCUGGCUCCGGAGGAGUAUGAGAAAAUUCUGGAGGCCAAUGAUCGUAUCAUUCGAAGGGAUACAUCGAGGUACGGAAACCGCCGCCGCGGAGGAAACAUGUACGGCGGCGGCGGAAGGGCAUAUACAGCUGGACCUGGUCGGAGAGGUCGCCCGCCCAAGGGUAGCGAGAUCAUGAACAUGGCCGCCUAUGACACAUGGCAAUGCCAGCAAUGUGGCCUGGGUGCCCGUUCGACGUUCAUGCUGAGGACUGGUCCUGGAGGCGAGAAAACGCUUUGUAAUACUUGUGGGAUCUCGUGGUCGAUUAAGGGGGUCUUGCCUGAGGAUCGGAAGGACUUGUUUGUGUUUGAUAGGCCGGCUGCUGCGAGUGAUUCUGUGGCACCCUCGGAACCAAUUGUCACUCCAGUCGCAUAA